GCCUGCCCGGCCCGGCCAGGCCCGUCCGUCAGACAGGUGCUGCUGUACUCUGGGGGCGCGGAGGCACGGCCGCAGGCGUUCGCCGAGCCCCGCAGUCCACGUCCAGUCCACGUCCCAGCCAGCAGCCUAGCUGGUUGGCAGCAUGUUCCCGGUGACGGCCAUGGUGGCCGUGGCGGUCGUCGCGGUGACGGGGCGGGCCGCGGGUCUCUCCAGCGAGUGGAAGUUCCCGGAGGGCUUCUUGCUCGGGGCCGGGUCCUCGGCCUACCAGAUCGAGGGGGCUUGGAACGUCAGUGGCAAGGGGCUCAGCAACCUGGACCGCGCCUACAGCCGCAGGACGGACGGUGGCGGCAAUGUGGCCUGCGACUCGUACCACCGCUUCCGGGAGGACAUCGAGAUGCUCAAGCUAAUGGGGGCUACCCACUACCGCUUCUCGCUGGCAUGGGCGCGCCUGCUGCCGACCGGUGAGUCGGACAACGUGAACCAGGCCGGCGUGGACUACUACAACGACUUGCUGGACGAGCUGGAGGCCAGCGGCAUCGAGCCCGUGGUGACGCUGUACCACAUGGACGUCCCCGCCGCGCUGGACGACAAGUUCGAGGGCUGGCUCAGCCCCCAGAUGGUGGACUACUUCGUGGCGUACGCCGUCACCGCAUUCCGGCUGUUCGGCGGCCGGGUGCGGUACUGGGUCACCCUCAACGAGCCCUUCAUGUACUGCUUGUACGGCGUGGGCCACGGCCGCCUGGGCGCCGUCAAGACCUGGCCGGGCCACGGCGAGUACGUCUGCGGCCACCACAUGCUGCUGGCGCACGCCAGGGCCUACCGCGCCUACAAGAACCACUUCGCCUACCACCACGGGUCGGUGGGCAUCACGCUGCAGAACUUCUUCACGCGGCCGUGCAGCGGGUCGGCCGCGGACCGUGCCGCCGCGGACGCGCACCAGCAGUUCGAGCUGGGCUGGUUCCUGGAGCCGCUGCUGUCGCCGACCGGCGACUACCCCGAGGCCAUGCGGCGCAAGGUGGACGCCCAGAGCGCGCGGGAGGGCCUCGCGGCGUCCAGGCUGCCGACCUUCACCGCCACGGAGCGGAAAGUACUGAAAGGCGCGCUGGACUUCCUCGGCCUGAACCUGUACUUCGGCUGGGAGGCCUGCGACGGCGUGCCCGACGGCGCCGGCAAGCCCUCCGUGGAGCGCGACGCCGCCUUCACCAUCAAGGGCACCCACGACCAGUUCCUGCCGCCCGGGCCCUUCCGGAGCACGCCGUGGUCCAUGCGGGCCACCCUGGACUGGCUGCGGAGCAGGUACGGCAACCUGAGCAUCAUCAUCACCGAGAACGGCUUCGGCGACGACGGCGCGGAGGGCCUCCACGACGCCACCAGGGUGGCCUUCUUGCACGCGCACCUCGGCGAGGUCCUGGCCGCCCUGCACGAGGACAAGCACGACGUGAAGGGCUACUUCGCGUGGUCGCUGCUCGACAGCUGGGAGUGGGGCGUCGGCUUCAAGCUCAAGUUCGGCGUGGUGCACGUGGACCACGCGUCAGGGUCGCUCCGCCGCACGCCCAAGGACUCGCUGUUCUUCUUGAGGGACGUCAUCAGGGAGAGGGGGUUGCCGUCGUUGCCUUCGCUGGCGUCGGGCGGCGCGCCGCGUCGCCGCGCGGCCUUGGCGUCCUUGGCCCCCGCGGCGGUGCUGAGCUUCGCCUUGGCGGCGCUGCGCCUCUAGCGUCAUCGCCCACCUCCCACCCUCAGUGGCCACAGUGUCUCUUCCAUCCAGUCCGCGCGCAAAGGACGAGACUUCUCAUUGCAAAAGCGUUAAAAAGUUUGCGCUCCAGUUAUUUUUUUUUUUCGUCGCCGUUCCUCGGAGCGCGGCGGUUUACCCGCCUGCUGGCAGCACUCGGGGUGGACGGUCACCCUUCCUCGGAGCCACCGCGGGGAGCGGCUUGCUGGCUUGCUGCUUCACAAAUCCAAAGUGGCGAUGAUAAGUUGGUGGAGCGAACCACUUGUUGGCCUCGCAGCCCAGCGGGCCCGGGGCCUGGCCUGGCCCAGCCCGGUGCCCCGGUGCUGGCAAGCCUGCGGGCUG